AAGUUCCGGACGUCGCUGCUCGUGAAAACAAUAACACAGUUAGUUGCAGACGCUGUUUGAUGAAAUGUUCGAAAUAUGGCAGAAUUAAAUAAUAUGUCGACCAAACCUGGAGGUCCUAGCUGUAACUUUUCUCGAGACGAAAACCAUGCAUCAGCCCUUUUGCCCUGGGAUCGCUUUUCCAGCUGGAUACAUUGCAUAUGUAUUGUUACAUUCGACCUAGAACUUGGCCAGGCAAUGGAGGUAAUAUACCCUGGGCAUGUGAAAUUAUCAGAACAAGAGAAGACAAAUAUUUGCUAUCUUGCCUUCCCCGAUUCAAAUUCUGGCUGCAUGGGUGACACUCAGUUCCAUAUGAGAAUCAGACAAGCGCCUGGAAGACAUCCUCUCAGACCAGAGCAUCGUGCAUAUAAUCAAAAGUGUCCUGCUUAUCUCCAAAUCCAGUCGGGUUACUUCUACGGAUAUGUCUACUUUAGGCAGGUCAAAGAUAAGACCAUCCCUCGAGGCUACUUUCAAAAGAGUGUUGUCAUUAUUUCCCGAUUACCAUUUGUAAGCUUGUUCACCAAAGUUAGUGUUCUGAUAUCUCCGGAAUACUUCAAUUGUGGAGAAGCAAGUAUUGAGGCAGCAUGCAGUGAGAUUGAUCGCUGGCCCUGCCCAGUUCCAGGAGAGACUGUAAGCUUGCCACUUCUGGGUAUGAUUAUUCAGACGCACAUACCAAGCAACAACAGCAAAACCAAUGGGCACUCCCCGAAUGCCUUGACACCAACUUCAGAGGAUAUGCCAGGAUCCAUCAGUUCCUUAUCACCAUUUCCGGGGCCAAACACCUUGCCUGUGGAGAUGCCUGCAUCAUUAAUGUCAGUCACCGUUCUUCCAACCCCUCACGAGGUCAAUUUGUUCAACUGUUUUUCUGGGGUCGUAUCUCACAUACAUUUGCUGUGGGAACUUGUGCUGACAGCAGAGCCCCUUGUUGUUAUGGCCUCAUUGCCCACCACAUGCUCUGAUAUGGUGCAAGCCCUUGUCAGUGUUAUAACCCCUCUUAUGUACUGUGCCGACUUUCGGCCAUAUUUUACCAUACAUGAUAGUGAGUUCAAGGAAUACACCACUCGAGCUCAUGCACCCCCACCAGUGAUUUUGGGAGUAACCAAUCCAUUUUUUGCAAAGACUUUGCAUCACUGGCCUCACAUUAUCAGGAUCUGUGAUUCACCCAAGGCAAACAGCAUUGCUGCUCAGAAACACAAACUAAAGAAAGGUACCAAUAUGAAGAUGCUGGAUUCAAAACCUGGAGUAUACACACAGUACCAGCCAUUUUUGCAAAAAGAUAAAGCUAUAUUGAAGAAACUAAUGAAAGGCACUGAGAACAAAAGGCCAGAUGAAGUUCAGAGUGCCUUGUUGCGUAGACAUCUUCUUGAAUUGACUCAAAGUUUUAUGAUCCCCCUUGAACGUUACAUGGCAAGUCUCAUGCCUUUGCACAAAAAUAUUUCUCCGUACAAGGCUCCUCCCUCAAUAAGGCCAUUUAAUCCGGAUGAUUUCUUUGCUGCACUGAGCACAGCUGGGCCCCAGCUUACCACUGGAAUAAAAGGGGACUGGGUAGGCCUGUACAAAAGAUUUUUUAGGUCUCCUAAUUUCAGUGGUUGGUUCAAUGCUCGUUAUCGAGAGGUCACUCAAAAGUUACAGCUGUUGCAACUGGAGGCCCUCUCAGAUGCAGAUUUGAAGUUAUGGGUCAGAGGUAAACAAGAAGUGGAAAUUGUUGAUAUGGUUCUUCGUAUACGCCAAAGGUUGCAGGCGCCUCCAGAUUCUGAACCUGUUCUCGGUGAAUCAACUCGAGAGAGGUUGGAAAUGAGAUUAUCCGAUCUUGUCACCUCUCUGCCCGAGGACCUACGGAUAGUUUUGAAGGCAAGCUGACAAAGGGCUUCCAUUGAUAGAGACUUAUCAGACUGCAAGACUGCGGAAUUAACUUCUGAUGAGGAUGAAAGUCCUGUGCCUCUUCCCUUCAGUUUAAGCCCAGCCACUAGUCCGGUUGGAGGAUGUGCAUGUUUACCUCGCAGGAAAAAGUUUAAAUGAAAUGACAUAACAUGACUUGCUGGAAAAGUCAAUGUUAAUUAUCAUAUAUGUGCACACUCUGGAUGCCGCAGCAUAAAAGACCCAGGUGUGGAGUUCUUAUAAGAAUUAAGAUAGCACAGAAAUUCUCAAUUUUUACAGGCGGGUCCUGUUUAGUGGGUAUUUUUGUUAACAAUGCCUUUGAUAUUUUAUAAGAUCUGCUGAUAUUUCUGUAUUUUAAUGCUCUGUUUAUAGCUAUUAAGUUCCUAUGGCCUGAUUUUUAUUUUCUUUCUUAUGAAGUGUGUGACAAUGCUUGAACUUUUUGUCCAUUGCAAUUACUGUCCUGGAGACAUAUGCGUUCAUAAAACACUUAGAUUUAUGUGCCAAGAAAACUUAGUGAUAAAUUACUUGAACCACUUGUUGUUAAAUCAAAACUCACAAAUUUAUCACUGGUUUAUGAGAUUUUACAGAUAAAACAUGUUACAUCAGUAUGCAAUGUGAAUCAAGCUUAAUUAUUCUAUGACUUUUAUUUUAUUUCCUACCAUAUCAACUUUUGUCAUUGUUAAUGUCGAUUCAGUUCAAAGUUCUUCAAAUGAUUGUUCCUCUGAUGUUCAGAAAAAGUCUGCUCUCUGUGCUACAUGUGAUCUUGAAUUGCACCAUUGUAACUAUCUAGCUCAAUAGCACCUACUUUGGGUUGGGUUGUAAUACCAUCAAUGUCAGAAGACUUUGCUCAUUGACUUGCUUAAAGAUAUAUCAAGAUUUUUUUAAACAUGUUGUUUGCCUUUUAUGUUGCAUGUGACUUAGGUCCUAUUGUUGUAGUUAUAUUUUAUUUUGAGGGGGUUCUAUUUAGCAAGGUUAGUACAUACAGCUAAGACUUGAUUAGGCCUCAUCUAUUUUCAUUACGAAUGGCAUGCAAGUGAAAAAUGCUGCAUGCAUUGUACAUUCAGUGUUGGUUGUAGUGUCAAUUUUUUCAGAAUUGUUGGGAUGGUAAGUAUUUUUAUUUAUAUUUGAUUCUCAUCAGAUCGGUUCUGAUUUUAAUUCCUUUCAUACCUGUUCUGUAUACUUAUUGUUCUUUCCUAUGAUGUAAUAUAUACCAUAUUUUACACAUAGGUAACUAUAACUACGCUAUCAAGUACCUUUCUAUUUUCUUUUGUUACUGUAUGUUUUGUCUUUUUAACUUUGAGACACUUCUACAAAUACUCUAUGACUAGUUUGGAAGUGCAACCUGUUGCAAUUUUUAUUUUCCUGAAGGGCAAUGUGCAUUUAAAAUGCAGUGUCUGUUUGAUAUGUGAUUGAACUGCCUUUAUAAUUGUUUAUUCAGCAAGUAAGGUCUUUCACUACUACACCUGAUAAUUAUAAUUAUGUAAUCCGUUGUGCAUUUCUUUUGCAUUUCCUUGUGGCCUUUGUGGUGGCGUUGAGGGUUAUUGUGAACCUUGUGUGUAGAGUACUUUAUCUAUAAAUUUUAUUUUUCUAAGAAGUAUGCAGUACAGCGGCAGAAUGGAUUAUAAACACGACUGUUGAUGACGGUGAUAACGACGAUGAUGAUGAUGGACGUUCAAAUAAAAACCGAAACGAAACAAG